AUGGUAUUUUUCAAUCUAUUGCGCAGAGGCCUAGUCGCCUUUGCUGCCACCAUCUCAAUGAUACCCACCGCUUCCAGUGCCGCCAAUAACCUAACCCUCAUCUCCAAUUUCGGCUACAACCCCUCAAACGUAACAAUGUAUCUCUACAUUCCCAGCAAACUCGCUCCCAACCCCCCCAUCUUCGUGAAUCCGCAUUGGUGCCACGGAACAGCACAAGAUGCAUUCGCCGGCACACAAUUCGCAACGCUCGCCGAUAUCUACGGCUACAUUAUGAUAUUCCCCCACUCUCCCAAUUCCGUAGAUCAAUGCUGGGAUGUUUCUUCCACCGCAUCGCUUACGCAUAAUGCCGGAGGAGAUUCGUUGGCGAUUGUAAAUAUGGUUAAAUAUGUGCUUAAAACCUACAAAGCGGAUCCCAAUCGCGUGUUUUCGAUGGGUACCUCGUCGGGUGCAAUGAUGACGAAUGUACUCGUGGGUGUUUAUCCUGAUAUCUUCGCGGCGGGCUCGGCAUGGGCGGGUGUGGCAUUGGGAUGUUUUGCCGCGAAUAGCAGUGCUGUGGAUCUUUGGUCUAAUGACUGCGCUACCGGUCAAAUUAUCAAGACGGGUUCGCAAUGGAAAAGUAUUGUUGAGGCUGCGUAUCCGGGAUACGUGGGAUUUAGACCAAAGAUGUGGGUGCUGCAUGGUACAGAUGAUACGACACUUUAUCCGCAGAAUCUCCAGGAGGAAAUCAAGGAGUGGGCGACAGUGCUGGGGCAAUCGAAGACUCCGCUCUCGACGAGAACGAAUUGGCCCGAUGCGAAUUGGACGACGUGGGAUUAUGGGAAGAAAUUUAGAGCGACGAGUGCGAAGGGGGUGACGCAUAACAUUCCGACGAAUGAGAGUGUGGUGAUUGAUUAUUUUGAUUUGAAAUGUCGCGGUCCUUCGUGUUACUCGAGGGUUACGGCGGGGGCUAAGGGGGGAAUUCAUGGGUAG